AAAGUUGAACUGUCAUUCUUGUUCUGCCCUCGUAUUUGUGGAAACUUAAUAGAAAUUUCUUCUCGAAAAAUUUGUAAAAAUAUUGUUUUAAAUAUUUGCAUUUUAUCAAAAUAAGAAGAAAUAGAAGAACUUAAAAAAGAAAUAAACAAUUGUAACAGAAGGUUUUUUAUGAACUUGUUAUUUUGUAUGAACACGAGCAACGUCGUAAUACAGGCAUAAGAAGUGAGGGGUUAUAAGUCGGAAAAAAUUUGUUUUCAACAAUGGUGGACGCAGCACGUCAAAUGCUGGACGAGCUGAUGGGUCGUAAUAGAAAUUUACAUCCAUCCGAAGCGCCGCGUAAAGUUAGUUGGGAUGAUCCGGACUUCUGUCAGUAUUAUAUAGUGAAAUUUUGUCCGCAUGAUCUCUUCAUUAAUACUCGCGCGGAUUUGGGACCGUGCACCCAAAUACAUGACGACGAAGCAAAGCGUUUGUAUGAAGAAGCACGUCCAUCACCUCGUAAGCGUUCUUACGAAGAUGAGUUUUUGCGGUUUUGUAACAACAUGUUAAAUGACGUCGAUCGUAAAAUCCAAAAAGGCAAGCAGCGUCUGCAAUUAAUGCACCGAGAUCAGCCCGCACCUUCGAUACCACUUUCUAAGUACCAGGAACAGUUGAACAAUAUGAACGCACGCAUUAAAAAAUUGCUAUCCGAAGCCGAGGAGGCCGGCAUACGAGGUGAUGUUGAUCAGGCCAAGGAUUUAAUGGCACUUUGCGAGCAAUUAAAAGACGAGAAAGAGGCGCUCGUUGCGCAACACGAACAACAACAGCAAAUACACCAUCAGACAAAUGGUUUAUUGAAAGAAAGCCUGACUACGCCACCGCCAGAGAGUAAUACGGACAAAUCAGAUGGUGAAAAAUCGCCAAAAAGUGAAGAUGGCGGUAGCGACAAGAAAGUUCUGCCUUGGAUGCAAGAUCUGGGUACAUUGCCUGAGAAGCAAAUGGAAGUAUGUGAAAUCUGCGGAGCCUUUCUGAUAGUUGGCGACGCUCAGCAGCGCAUUGAAGACCAUCUAAUGGGAAAACAACAUUUGGGUUAUUCGCGAUUGCGUAAAGCCGUAGAGGAAAUACACGAACGUAGACAAAAGGAUCGCGAGGAGGAGGAGCGCAAGAGGCGCGAGGAACGUGAAAAACGCAGCGCACAGCGCAGCACUUAUAGCCACCAUAACGAACGUAGACGUGAGCACCAUGAUCAUCGCGAACGUGACCGUGAACGCGAGCGUGAGUAUCGCGGACGUUCACGUGAGCACAGCAGCCGACAUUCGGCCGACAAACAUCGACACCAUCACAAAGCAUCACAUCGCAGGCGUUCGCACUCGCGCAGCAACCAUCGACGCAACAGCAGGGAUCGUCACAGUCGCAGCCGUAGCCGUAGCCGCAGUCGGUAUUAAUUACACGCAUUUGUACGUGGCGGAUCGAGGUACUCUCCCCAAAAACAAAUUUAAUAAACUCUAAAAAUCUAGCCCAAUAAAUAAAAUGAAUAUUCUCAAAUCGAAAAACAAGGGGAAAAGUUGUUGCAUUGGCUGAAACCCACAACACUCGUUGGCUAAUUCACUUCUGGCUACUUAUGCACGCGGCAUAAUGACGCCAAAAAUUGCCGUAGGUCCUGUAUCUGUCAUAAUCUAGUCUCUGUUCCGCUGCCAGCGUUAUUUCGAGGUACAUUUCAAGCAAACAAUCUAAAUAAAAAUUAGUUUUAUGAACAAACAAGCUUAUUUGCAAGGUAGUUGGUUUUAAUUUUUGAGUUUUUUGUUUAACUUUUCAUAGCGUGAGUAAAAACACACGUAAACGCAUACGUUUGAGAACGAGUAACUGAAUGUCCUCCAGUACCCAGUUCAGUUGCGCCUACAAGACCAGUCCCCUUCAAACAAACUCGAUACUCGAUAACAAGGUACUUUUUUCUAUUUUUUGGAAUAUUUCUAAUAUGUAGUUUAAAGAAAAAAUCGUUAAACAGUUGUGAUACAGAAAACAAAAAAAAAAAACAAAUUAAUACUCGUAUUUUUCGUACUAUAUAUUCUGGAAGUCAACACGUGAAGAUUACCAUACCAAUGCUAUUUGUAGAUUUUAAGUGACCCGCGUACGCACUCAUAUUCGUACGCCAGUUCGCUACCACUUCGUACGCUCAGUAAACUGCGCACACAUUCACCCACACCGAGGUAAUUGUUUUAAACAAAAAAUCAAAUUUUGCAAAUUGCGUCUUAAUUCUUAUUUAGUAGGAGAAAAAAGAUUUUGUGUGUUGAGAAGUUAUAAAAUAAUAUGGUGGAAGUGAAGGGAUUGAAGUUGAUGUGUGAUUUAUAGUGGAAAACUCAAUUUUUUCAUACCCGCUUUACAAAGAAACCCGCCUUCUACAAGAACAUAACGCCGUCGCAGGCGCUCCGCAACUAUGCACACCCAACGGUAACGGCACUAUCAACUGAACAAUCAUCAUCUACUUCCUUUGUUGAUGCAAUGCGGCACAUGUCAACCAGCCAAGCUGCAGAGGCGCCAUCAACUCAUUGCAGGUAACAGACACCUUCCAAAAAUCAACAUUUCUUUCAAAAACACAAACAGCUGCACACAAUCGCCAGCCCAACACACAGCCAGUGUCUUGCAAUCAACAACAUACAUGCAUAAGCAACAGUACAUGUUUGCGUUGCUAUAACAACAGCAACCGCUGGAUUGAGACCGGACUGCAACCGACUGCCGUUGUGUUAGGCCGCAAAGAACGCCGUUAAACGAGGUGAUUUCUCAAACUAUUUAGUUUUAUGCUUGAGUUUUUUUUUUUGAAAAAAACUUGAAAUAACUAAAAAAUAUAUAAAUUGGUAAAUGGUAAUUAUGCGCCCAAUGAAUUAUCUUACUAAAUUACUUUUUUAAUAAUGUAACUUUUUAACUUUUUUGCAAUUAAAUUGAAAUUAAAAUUGAAACGUAGCGUAAACGUUUUUACAAAAGCGCUUUGAAUUUGCUGCUUUGAGCGCUGCCACCGAAUGCGACUCCUUUUUCACAUUUUCAUAAUAUAAAUUAUUUUUCUUAAACAAAUUCAAUUGAAACAAUAAAUAUACAUUAGCAUAUAUGUACGAAUAGAUAUAAAAGAGUUAAAAAGCUAAAAAAACAUGUAAUAUAAAAUACAACACAUCGACGCUUUGGCGCCUUUUAAAAUUUAGUUUUACGUCAAAUUGACUUUUUACUUGCAUACUACAUAUAUACAUACAUAUAUAAAACUCGCACGCAGUCAGAGCAAAUUAUCCCGUUUUGUAGGUUUAAUUAAUGAUAGCAUAGUAAUUUGUCGUAUACCGAUGGUUGCGAACAUUUUUAAUAAAUUAUGCGUACUUGCACCGAAACUGA